AAAUGCGUCACCCGCUGGUUGUUUGUGUACGAAUUUUGACGUUUAGUUUUAAAAUGUGAAUUAAAAUACUAAAAAAAGCUUUUUACGAAAUGUUUUUUUUAUUGCUUCUUAUCAGUUCUUUGAGUUUUAUUUCAUGUUCCAACAGUGACAUUCCUUCUUUACCGUACUGUCCAGAGACUGAGUUAGGUUUGUUGAUAGUCAGUACUUUAAAUGGGAAAAUAUCAGCUCUAAAUUCAAGUGGAUCUUUAGUUUGGGAAGUGAAUACUGGCCCUGGGCCUCUUCUUUUGUCAAAUAUUCAUAACCUAGAACUCACAAAUAGUGGAGAAUGGAUUCGUAUAAUACCUUCUCUGGCAGGGACUUUAUAUAAAUUUGAUGGCAACACAAUAGACCCAAUACCAAUAACUACUGAAGAAUUACUAAAAGCUUCUUUUCGGUACUCAGAUGAUCUUGUAAUUGCAGGUGGAAUAGAAGUUAGGACAUAUGGAGUAGGUUUCAGAACAGGGCAGUUUAAGUAUGAAUGUAAUUCUAUAAAAUGCUCUAACACAGAAGAAGGAAAUGAUGGUGAUGAUGUUCUUGUGAUAGAGAGAAGUACACAUACAAUUAGAGCUGUUGAGCCAAGAACUGGCAGUGAGAGGUGGAACUUUAGCGUAGGUUUGCAUAACAUCAAGCUUUCGAAGAUAAGUUGUAUUAAUCUCAAUUCUGAGCUGUUUGACUGGAACGUAUCCGCCAUUUUACCAGAAGGUAAAUUGAGAGCUUCAGUUGUCCACAAUAAUGUGGAAGAAUCUUGGAAUUAUAUUUUCGAUUCCCCCAUAGUAAAAAUAUGGAGAUGGUCCGGCAAAAAUUUGUCAGAAAUUGAUUUAUUUGCCCCUCGAAAUGUACCCCAAGUUGUCACUACCGGUACAUCACUUUUGCCAUCCAUUUAUCUAGGAAUGCACAAUAAACAGCUAUAUAUUCAUGAAUCUUCAUUUAUGCAACAUGCUAUACGAAGAAAAACACAUACAGAUUUAGCAGUAACUGAAAGUACCAGCAUUGCCAAAAUACCCUGGAAGCCUAUUCCAGCUUCUACUGAAAGCUCUGAAGAGGAUUCUACUGCCUUAUCAGUUUUAAAUGCUUCCGAAUACGUCAAUGGACAAGGAUUUUACUUAUACUCAGAAACAGAUUUAAAAGAAAAUGAUAAACAGCUUUGCGAUAAAAAUGACAGUUUCAUUGAAGGAGGUACUUUACCUCCUGCUAAAAAUACAAAAACUGAAUCUUUGUACUACCUUUUAGUACCUUGGUAUUGGAAAGAACUGAUACUUAUGGUAUUCACCCUCUUUAUUGGAUACUUUUUAUUCAGAAUAAGGCACAACAGACUGCAAGAAGUAAUAAUAAUAGAGAAGCCAGUUGAAGUUAAUUCUGUCAGCACUGAGCGCAGAGUGUCAGAGAGAGAUAGUGAAAUAUUUACUUCUAGAUAUAUAAACGAUUUUGAUACUCUCCGUUGCCUGGGUAAAGGUGGAUUUGGAGUUGUUUUUGAAGUUAAACAAAAAAUUGACGAAUGUCAUUAUGCUAUAAAAAGAAUCACUUUACCUGAUGAGGAUAAAGACAGAGAUAGAGUAAUGAGAGAAGUUAAAGCUUUAGCUAAAUUGGAACAUCAAAAUAUUGUAAGAUAUUUCUGUUCAUGGGUCGAAAAACCACCAUUAGGUUGGCAGCAAGAACAUGAUAGAAAGUGGUUAGGGGAUAAAUUAACCUUUGAACAAACAUUUACUUCUACUUCAGAAUUAAAGAUGAAAAGAGGCAAAUCAGUAUCAAUAAGUAUUGAAGAAUUAGGACCAAGAACUUUUGAUCCAGAGAUACCAAACAUAGUUCAAGAAGCUGAUGACGAUGAUGCUGAUGAUUCUUUUAUCGUUUUCGAACAUGAUUCCAAGUCCUCUUCAGCAGUCACUUCUAAUGAACAGUCAUCUCAAAAAGCAGAAGCUUCUGUAUAUGCGGCAAAAGAGGUUUCUUACGCUGAGCAUUUAAGAAAGAAGAUUGACUGGAAACGCCCAGAUAGAAAACACCAUUCUUGGGACGUCUCCCAAACUAAUUUAAUUACUUUAGAUACUUAUUCAUCCCCAGUAUUUUUGUAUAUUCAGAUGCAGCUGUGUCAGAAAGAGAGUCUAAAAGAGUGGCUCAGUACUCAUCAUGAGAGAGAUUAUAAUUUCGUUAAAGACAUUUUUUAUCAAAUAUUAGAGGCUGUGGAGUAUGUUCACUUAAGGGGUCUUAUUCACAGGGAUUUAAAGCCAAGCAAUAUAUUUUUUUCUUUAGAAGGUCAAGUAAAAGUAGGAGAUUUUGGACUGGUUAAAGAUAUGGAAGAUGCAUUUGACUUAGAAUUGAUAAAAAAGGGUUCAUCACCUUCUUAUAGGGGUCAUACUAUUGAAGUUGGUACUCAGUUGUAUAUGAGUCCAGAGCAAUUCCAUAGCCGUAUUUAUGAUUACAAAGUCGACAUAUAUUCGUUAGGAUUAAUAUUUUUUGAACUGUUGGUCCCGUUUCACACUGAAAUGGAAAGAAACAAAAUGUUAAGCGACGUUAAGAAAAACAUAUACCCUUCGGGAUUUACUGAAAAAUUUCCAGACGAGCAUGUUAUACUGCAGAAUAUGCUCUGUAAGGAUCCUAAUAAACGUCUGACAACUAUUGGUAUAAAGGCCAGGCCCCCAUUUAACCGAGAAGAUUCAGGAUACAGUGAAGAUUGCCAUUAUAGACUGCUUAAUUUUCAAAAGAGUUGAAUCUUGUUUUGUAAUAAAGCUUUAUUUUUAUAUAGGACUUUAGUCACGUGUAUUAAAUACCUUUUUAAGAUACGGAACUGCAGGAUUAUAUACGCUACAACGCUCUUACAACUAUUGAGAGAUAAAAAUCAAGCAUCCAUUUUACAAAUAAAAUUCGACAUUCAUUGAAGAUUGCGAUUACAGAGCAGUUAACAUCUACAAGAACUAUAUCGUGUUUUGUAUAUAAAGCUUUAUUUUUUAUAAGACUUGCGUUAUGUAUAUAUCAUGUGUGUAACUGUGAUAUAUAAUGUAAUUUUUUGUUUAAAUUUUUAAGGUA